CGAGUCUCGUCGAGUACUUCGCUAGGGCUUUACACCGUUCACCAUUCUUCCAUCAGAAUCUCAGAGAGGAUGCUUUCAGGGGAUAUACCUCCAAAUCAAACCAUUUACAUUAAGAAUCUCAAUGAAAAGAUCAAGAAAGAGGAGUUGAAGAGAUCUUUGUACUGCUUAUUCUCUCAAUAUGGGAGGAUUUUGGACAUUAUUGCUCUAAAGACACCUAAGCUUCGAGGACAGGCAUGGGUUUGUUUUAGUGAAGUAACUGCUGCCAGUAAUGCUGUGCGACAGAUGCAAAACUUCCCGUUCUAUGAAAAACCUAUGAGAAUUCAAUAUGCAAAAUCAAAGUCAGAUUGUAUUGCUAAAGAAGAGGGAAGUUUUGUUCCAAGAGAGAAGAAAAAGAAACAAGAGGAGAAAGCUGAGAGAAAGAGGCAUGAUGAAUCAAAACAAUCUGCCGUGCCUAAUGGAACACAUGGUGCAAGUAAUGGUGGUCCAGCAGCCUCAUUUCGCCCAGGGUCUAAUGCCCAAGAAGCAGUUGCUCCUAACAAUAUUUUGUUCAUAGAAAAUUUGCCUUACGAAACUACCGGAAGGAUGCUUGAAAUGCUCUUCGAACAAUACCCAGGUUUUAAGGAAGUGCGCUUGAUUGAUGCAAAGCCAGGUAUCGCGUUCAUAGAUUUUGAAGACGAUGUGCAAUCAUCCAUGGCAAUGCAGGCUCUUCAAGGAUUCAAAAUCACCCCUCAAAAUCCCAUGAGUAUAAACUUUGCUAAGAAGUAACUAGUCGAUUUUUCCUGCAAAGUCUCAUGAUUAUCAACUUUUCCAAGAAGCAACUAAUCGAUUUUCUGCAAUCAAUAUUUGAAGUAAAUUUUGCAUACUAUAUUGGUGUAGGUCUUUUAAAAACCAAUUGCAGAAGUUGUAAUUUACAGGAAGUUAGAUACAAGUAGACAGAAAGUGAGAAAUCUACCAAAUUUGUGGGAUGAUUGAGAUAGUGCUUCGUAUAAUUGUGUCCGUUGAUUGUAUGUGCUUUAUUGUUAUUUUCUCUGUAAAACAUUUUCUUGUUAACUUUGUAAACUAGAUUCUAUGAGUUGUUUCCUUUCAUCGGCCUGGAAAA